AUGUCCCCCUCAACCCGCCGCCUCCUCAAAGAAUCCGCCGACCUACAAACCAACCCAUCACCCUACUUCCACGCCGCGCCCGUCUCCGAAUCCAACCUCUUCGACUGGCACUUCACACUCCUGGGCCCACCGCCCCCCUCUCCCUACGCAGGGGGCAUCUACCACGGCCGCAUCACUCUCCCGCCCACCUACCCGCUCCGCCCACCCAGCUUCCGGUUCCUGACGCCUUCGGGACGGUUCGAAGUCAACCGCGAGAUCUGUCUCAGUAUAUCGGGCCAUCAUGAGGAGACGUGGCAGCCUGCAUGGGGGAUCCGGACGGCGUUGAUUGCGCUGAGGAGUUUCAUGGAUGGGGAUGCGAAGGGCCAGGUGGGUGGGUUGGAUGUUGGGGAAGAGGUGAGGAGGGCGUAUGCGAGGAGUAGUAGGGGGUGGAGGUGUGAGGGGUGUGAGGGGAGUAGGGGGAGAGAGAAUGAGGAGGUUAUGAGGGAGUGGUGGGGGGUUUGUAGAGAGGCUGGGGUGCGGGUGGAGGGGGAGGAUUUCGGAGGGGAGUUUGGGGUGGAUGAGGAGGAGCAGAAGGGGGAUGAGAAGAAGAAGAAGAAGGAGGAGGAGGGUGUGGAUGAGGCUGCGGCUGCAGGUGCGGAUGCAGCUGUGACUGCAGCUACGGAUACACCUCGUGUGCAGCAAGAUCCUCCAUCUCAACCACAACCACAACCACAGCCUCAACAACAGCUUCAACAACAUACCCCUCCAGCAACAAGACCCUCAGUGCCAGCUGCACCAGCAACUACAUCCCAAGACACUCCCUGGCUUGACCGAGCCAUCGUUGGCGUCAUAAUCGCCCUGGUCGCCAUGAUCCUGCGACGUCUGACGCGCGACAUGGACUUGGAGUGA